CCGAUUGGCUGAAUGGAGGGGGACGGAAGUCGGGCCGGGGGCGGCUGCCCGGCGGGGGAUGUGGUGGAGAGCAGGGAUGGCAGCGGGCGAAGGGCUGGGCCGGGCGCUCCGGGCGGUAACGGAGCGGAUGCAGCAGGCGGUGGCCAGGCGGCCCCAGGGUCUCCCUGCUGUACAGCCUCGACUCGUGGCUGUGAGUAAAACCAAACCUGCAGACAUGGUUAUAGAGGCCUACAAUCAAGGGCAACGCAGUUUUGGAGAAAACUAUGUUCAAGAGUUGCUAGAAAAGGCAUCAGACUCCAAAAUUCUGUCUUCGUGUCCAGAGAUUAAAUGGCAUUUUAUAGGCCAUCUGCAGAGGAAUAAUGUCAACAAACUGAUUGCUGUCCCCAAUCUGUUUAUGGUGGAAACGGUGGAUUCUGUGAAACUGGCAGACAAAGUCAACAGCUCGUGGCAGAAAAAAGGCUCACCGCAGGGGUUAAAAAUCAUGGUGCAAGUUAAGACAAGUGGAGAAGAUAGUAAGCAUGGUCUCCCACCUGGAGAAAUAGUGGGAACAGUGGAGCAUAUAAUCAAGGAGUGUCCAAGCCUGGAGUUUGUGGGUCUGAUGACAAUUGGCAGCUUUGGACAUGACCUUAGUAAGGGACCAAAUCCUGACUUCCAGGUGUUGAUAUCCUUGCGACAGGAGGUAUGCGAAAAGCUAAAUAUCCCCAUUGAGAAAGUUGAGCUGAGUAUGGGCAUGUCCACAGACUAUCAGCAUGCAAUUGAGGUUGGAUCCACAAACGUCCGGAUUGGAAACAUUAUUUUUGGAGAGCGGGACUACUCCAACAAACCAGCCAACGCCAGUGACGCUAAAAGCAAAGUGGAGUCCUUGGCUGUGCAAGAGCACUAAAUGGAAAGAGGAAAGAUGCUCUAAACUACAGGACACCAGGGAGACUUAACUAUGCACUUUCACCUCCUUCUGUAGUGACAGCUUGUCAUGCUAGCAAGGGGAAAUACCUGGUAAUAGACCAGAGGUCUCAGAACCUAUAACGAUUAUUGUAUGAGAGUAGAAACUGGAAUUUUUUUUUUUAACCCACCACUAACAAGAAAACUUGUGGUUGAAAAUGACUUCAGUAUCUUAGCUACUUUUAAGAACAAUCACUCUUGGAUAACUAUAUUGGAUAAACUGAUUAAGCACUAGAAUUGAGUUAUUAACAAGCAAGAAGCAUCUCCAGCAGUCUGUGAUUAUAUUUUUAAUAUGAGGCGUGGUUUACCUGACGGAGAACUAACUUCUGGUUAGCCAGUUUUAAUUUUGUCAGAGGCAUCUCUAAAUACCCAGUCAUCUCGAGUGAGAAGGUAUGUGGCUCAAUAGCUACCGUAUGCCUAGGUAGAAGUUACUUUGUAGACACACAUCGAUAACACUUAACAGUAUUGACACUGAAGAGAAUAUAUCCGUUCUAAUAACGAACAGAUGAGUGAAUAAAGAACACAGUUGCUAGUGCAAGUCAAUGGCACGCUGCUUUUGGCACAUAAAUUGGAAGGUGCGAGUGUGCUGGCUGACCAGAGGUUGUAUUUGUCCUCUUCAGACUGGCAUUGCUAACUCUUACCACUGGUGACAUAUCUCCUCCUGUCUUUGUAGGCGGCUUUUAAGCCUUUAAUCUUUUCCCCUCGUAAAGUGUUGAGUUAUUUACGUACUACCCGAUAAGUCCGGUUGCAGUGUGCUCUACUGGCUAGAGCAGGGAACUGUGUGUCUCAGACUCCUGGCUCUGCCAUUGGCUUGCUAUGUGAUCUUAGGCAAGCCACUUAACCACUCUGUGCCUCAGUUUCCCCAUCUGUCAAAUGGGGAUAAUAAUACUGACCUACCUCACAUGGAGGAUUGUGAGGCUUGCUUGUUUGUAAUGUGUUUGAAACCCUCGGAGGAAAGGUGCUGCAGAAAUGCGAAGUAUUAUUACCCCAUUACGUCCAGAUGUACAUGAAAUCAGUUGUAUUGCCACUGCACAGAUGCUGUAAUAUAGUUCCCAAAUCUUUAAAUUCACUUAUUCAUUGGCCCUGACCUCUGCUCUUUCUAAAAGUGAGAAGGGGGAAGCUCUUCCAUCACAGUAGCUGUUUCAUCCAGGCUUGCAGCACAUAGUUUCACUGACAGUGUUUACAGCAGAUCUGUUUUGUAACUCGCAUUUUGACAGUCGGCUUCAGGGUCUUGUCUGUUGCAAGAAUGAGGAGACCUUAGUCACCAGUAGCAAUACCUGCUUUUCAUGGCAAAAGGCUUCUCUCUGUGUGCGCGUGUUUGGUUAAAUCAGCCGUGGGUUUUAUCUUCUAAAUGUAACUGAAAAGAACACACUCUUGGAUCAGCCUGUCAUGUUACAUAGCUUCAACACUGCAUGCAGUCUGAACGGCCCUCGUCAGAGCUGCAAAGGGUGGUGUUUGAUCUAGUAUGUUAAUAAAACCGUUGUGAAUUUGAAUACCAUCUGUGCCAAUGACAAAGCUAUUAAAGAUGUUAUUUUUA